AUGUCCCAGGACGCCCCCCUCUCCCCGUCAUCCCCGCCGGAGGGGUCCAUCACCAUCCGCGUCCGCAGCAAGGACAACGGGGAGCUGCACUUCCAGCUGUCGCCCUCGCAGCGCCUGGGCCGCGUAUUCGAUCGCGUCUGCACGUACAUCGAUCCCUACAACAGCCACAACGAGCUCGUCUUCCUCCAUGACGGCCAGCGUCUCGACCCCAACAUGGCCCCCGCGGACGCCGGUCUGACGGACGGCGACGCCAUUGACGCGCUCCCGCGGCAGUCGGGCGGGCAGGGCCCGCUGCUCCCGCUGGCCGGCGAGCCCGUGACGCUCGAGGUCCUGGUCGACGAGAUGGUGUCCUCCCCCUGGGCCUCGAAGGCCGGCGUGGACGCCGGCAUGGCGGCGGGCGUGUGGCGCGCGCUGACGCAGCACAUCGAGGCCGCGCUGCACACGGGCCGGAACGUCGCGGUGCCGCACCUCGGCUCCUUCGUCGUCGCGAGCGCGAUCGACACGCGCUCGGGCCGCGAGGCCGGCUUCGUGCGGCCCUUCUUCGAAAUCGUGCUGGGGCGCUUCAGCGGGGUGCGCAUGCGCUGCCUGCGGUACGCGCCGGCGUCGCGCGGCGCCGGCGCGCAGCCGAGCCUCGUGCACAUCCAGAAGGAGUCCGGCGUGUCGCGCAAGCUCGCGUACGAGAUCAUCCGCGAGCUCGUGCGCCGCAUGGGCGCGCACAUGAACGCGCGCGCGCGGCCCAUCAAGGUGGCGUUCCCGGGCCUGGGCCACCUCGUGACGGACGGCCGCAUGCAGCUGGCGUUCAAGUUCGAGCGCGCGCUGCUCGAGAGCAUCUUGAAGGACAAGGGCGGGGACGCCGAACGCGCCCCGGAGCCGCUGCCGCCGUCGCGCUUCCCCGAGGGGAGCGUCGAGGGCGCCGUGGAUCGCCUGGCGCGGCGCUGCCGCGCCGAGGACACGAGCCGCAGCGGGAUGGUCGCGCGGAUGUCGCUCGAGGCGUGGCUGGACGAGGCGGUGCAGGCGGGAUGCGAGGUGCUGGGGUCGCUGCCGAGCUCCACGCUGCUGCGCCUGCUGCGCGAGGCGACGUACGGCCGGAGCAAGUCCUUCAUCGAGUACCGCGCGUUCCUGGAGGCCCUCACGGACGCGCUCGGGGACUACGUCGCCGCACCGCCGCCGACCGCCAAGGCCGCCGCCGCGCCCAAGCGAGGCAAGGACGCGCACGCGCACGGUCACGGUCACGGGCACGGGCACGGUCCCGCGCCGGCCCAGGCGGCGUCCUCGGCCGCCGGCCCGCACGGCGGCGACCGCGCAUCCAUCCCCGACCCCGCGGACUUCGCGCACGUGGAGGAGGAGGUCCUGCCGACCGCGCGCGGCGCCGGCAAGUCCGUGGUGCGCGGGAGGUCGAUCGGCCGCGCGAAGGAGGCCUGGGGCGCCGCGCCGCCUGCCCCGGCCCCGCCGCCGCCCCCGUCCCCGCGCCGGCGCCCGCGCCCGCGCCCGGCGCGCAGGACGUCCCCACGGACGAGGACCUCGCGGCGUCGGACUCGGAGGUGGUCCCGGGCGCGCCCGACUACCUGCGGCAGGCGCAGCUCCCACAGACGUGCCGCGCGGCGGAGAAGGGCCACGACGUGA